AUGGCUUCUCUCUUCGACCGCAUCACGCCGAGGGAUCCGGCGCCAACAAACACCGGCGCAAGCGGCAGCAAUCUAUUUGGAAACCUUGGAGCUGCAUCGACGCAGGCGUCAGGCAGCAAUCUCUUCGGCACCGCAUCCACGCAACCGUCUGGCGCGAGUCUGUUUCAGCCAGCAACAACUCCUACCGCUGGCAGCAGUUUGUUCGGCGGUGCGACAUCUCAAGCCGCGCCAUCUGGCAACAGCUUGUUCGGGAACACUGCAAAUACCACCUCAGGAACAAGUCUCUUCGGGAACAAUGCCGCACAACAACCGGCUACUGGUGCCAGCUUGUUCGGCAACACCAACAACAAUGCUAGUAAACCUGCCGAGCCAGGUGCCUCACUGUUCGGCGGUGCAGGCCAGAGCAAGCCCUUCCAGCCCGCAACGUCACUCUUCUCCAACAAUAACACCAAUACCAACACCAACACCCAACAACCUCAGCAGACCGGCUCUAGCUCCGUCUUCGGCAACAACAUCUUGCCGUCGCAGUCACUCCAGCAAGCAAGUGCCUUCGACCGCCCCAUAAACCCCAACGCGCCUCCUGCGCAGCCCGCCUACUUCCAAGCAUUGCUCGACAAAGGCAGUAAGAGGAUGGCGGACGAUAACGCCGGCCUGCCGCAGCUACAGUACAGCUUGCAGGACAUCCAGCGCAAAGCGCGUAACAUCGGACAAGGCAGCCCCUCAAGAAACCUUGCCAAAGCUGCAAACAGCACACGCUCGCAGUACAUACUCUCCGCUUCAGGCGUCAACGUCAGCAAUUCACUCCGCGACAUUGAGGAGCUCAUGGACACCACUACUGCCGCGCGACCGGCACCGCAGAUGGAUAUGCCAGAUUAUGGCUCGACGUCCGGUGUCAAGGGCUUCCUCGACCGCUAUCAUCGCAAUAACUUUGAGCAGUCAAUCGAGCGUCACUUGCAGGAAGCCAAGGAUGACUUUGACAGGAUGGUGGACGAACAGCUGCAUAUGGACAAGGUCGAUUGGGAGAAGUUCCACAACCGCAUCUACGUGCAUUUCGGGCUGAAAAAGCCAGAAGAGAUCGACGAUGAUGCGGCGGACGGAGCUCUGGCAAGCAGCGGCGGCUUUGGACGCUCGCGUCGCAGCAAGUUCGGCGGCAGCUCUACCCUCCGGCAAUCAUUCGGCCUGCCAAACGCGACCAAGUCCGUCAUUGGCACGACCAGCGUUCAAGGCAUGCGCCAGAGUACCUUCAGCGACGUUGCGGACCGUCUGCCGGCCGACGGUCUACGACCCGCUCCGGAAGACCGCAAGCAACGGGCUAAGCAAGACAAGUACUCCGGCAAAGUCAAGGAUCUCAACGUCGCUCGGAUUCAGGAGAAAGCAUACCCAAUCUUAUCAAGCUUCUGCGAGGUAGAAACCGAACCUUCCAACGACGAUACAACCAUGCUCAUCAAUGCGUACAAAGCACUUAUAUCGAUCACAGGCGAGGACGCCAGCAAAGACAACCUCUCCGAACCCGGCGUCAUAAAAGAACGUCAAUACGCCCGCGACUACCUGGACGAGACACCGGGCUCCAAACCCCAAACUGCCGUCCGCAAGCGCAUAAUCAACGGCUCGCGUGCUUUCCUCGAAAACCUCUUCCACACCCAGCUCGAAGCGACCGUGGCUAGAAGCCCGCGCGAAGCGAACGUAGGCGGCGUCCCCACCGCCGUGGCCAAAGCGAAAGGGUACGUCCGCGUUCGCGCCGCGCGCAAAGAAUUGGGUCCGGAUAUCGAGAUCUUGCAAGAAAUCAACGGCGACUAUUGCUGGGCUGUGCUGUUCUACAUGCUCCGUAGCGGCUUGCUGCAGGAAUCCGUGCAAUAUGUUGAUGAGAAUGCGGGGGCGUUCAGACAGAUUGACCGCAAAUUUGCGGGAUACUUGCGUGCUUAUGUUAACAGUGCUGAGCGCCGCCUUCCGCCUGAGUUGCAGACGGCGAUCAGUAAUGAGUACUCUGCCCGUCAGCGCUUGGCUCCGGAGGAUUCGAUCGAUCCGUAUCGCAUGAUGUGUUACAAGGUGAUUGGGCGCUGUGAUCUGGCGAAACGAAACCUGGACAAUAUCACGACUGACAUGUUUGACUGGUUAUGGCUGCAAUUCGCGCUUGCGAGGGACUACAACCGUCAAGACGAAUUCCAGCACGAAGCGUUCGGCCUCGUUGAACUACAGCAGUCCAUCAAAGAAAUCGGAGACAGGUACUUCGGCCCCAGCAGCGAAAUCGCCAACGCCCCGACAACAUUCUUCUUCAUGGAAGUCCUCGCCGGCAUGUUCGAGAAGGCCAUCGCAGAUCUCUACCCGCACAACUACGUCUCCGCCACCCACUUCGCCAUCGCGCUCGAUUUCUACGGUCUGCUAAGAGUCAGCAGCGACUUGAGCAACGACGACUUACUCAGCCGAACGACGCGCGACCAAGCGCAGAUCGCAUUCGGUAGUAUGGUAGGCUUAUAUACGCGCGACUUCCGCACCGCAAACUCCACCGCCGCAGUCGACUACCUAACCCUCAUCUGCCUCAACGCCGACUUACCCGGUGACAUGGGCAGAACGCAACGGGACCUCUGCCACGAAGCGCUCGUAGAAGUUACCCUCGAAACCCGCGAAUUCGCACAACUCCUCGGCGAUAUCCGCUCCGAUGGUCAACGCAUCAAAGGCGCUAUCGAGCAGCGGCUGAAACUGAUCAAACUAGACAAUGAACGGGAGUUUAUGAAGACCAUCACCCUCGUCGCCGCACGCACGGCGGAAGAACAAAGUCGCGUCACGGAUGCUGCGUUGCUCUUCCAUCUUGCCGAAGACUACGAUAAAGUGCUUGAGGUGAUCAAUCAGGCCGUUUCCGUCUACAUCACGACGGAGCUGGGCGAUCAACCGGCUCGUUUGACGCCUCUGAAACCGCGCGGACAACAGCAGGGUCAAGAACGGGAUGAGCGACUCAGCAGUUUGAGCUUGACAGCUAUCGACGACCCUGCCGAACUGGCGAUGAGUAUGCGACAGCUGUAUAUGAGCCACGACGUCUAUCGGACGAAAUGCAAGGCGGAUAACCUGGAGAUCACGGAGCGACUUAUCGCUCUCGCCCGAGCUCGCGCGCUGCUGGAGCAGGGGAAGUGGGCGGAGGUUAUUGACACAAUCUCCCAAACCAACCUCCUCCCCACCACCACUUCCGGCGACACCUCCGCCAUCCGCGCCCAAGUCCUCGCUUUCUCCUCCUACCCCGCCGUCCUCGCCCGCACAAUCGGACACAUCAUGCUCUGGAGCGUCGUAGCGUGCAGCAACCAAGUCGCCCACCUCAAGCAAGCGGAAUUCGAGACGGGCGUGCAAAGGGCCACGAUUGGUCGGUGCGUGCAGAUGGCCAAGGAUGUCGUCGUUUUCGCCGGCUUGAUCCGGUAUCGCUUGCCGGGCAGGGUUUGGGAGGGCUUGGCGAGGGUUGCGGGGGAGAUGGGGGAGUUUUAG